GGUUAGGUCUGCAACACUCGGUAAGAACUCUUCAGGUGGAAAACAGGAAGAGGGUGGCUCUUACAAGUAUCAGAUAGCACCUGCGUGGAUGCUCAUGUAUUAAUGAUUUAACCAGGGCGAUCACAUGAGGGACAGCCGUUUUCCCCUGCCCUCAUACUUGUCACUAACAGGCCUGAAAGUGAACAAGAUGGACGGGUCCGCCAAAGAGGAAGAGGAAGAGGAGGAUCGUGCCUUCACCAACAUUUCUCUUGCAGAUGACACAGACCAUUCAUCAAGAAUUUUGUAUCCAAGGCACAGAAGUUUGUUACCGAAGAUGAUGAAUGCUGACAUGGAUGCAGUUGAUGCUGAAAAUCAGGUGGAACUGGAGGAAAAAACACGACUUAUUAAUCAAGUGUUGGAACUCCAACACACACUUGAAGGACCCUGCCUCUCUGAAUGGACCCUGCCUCCUUUAAUGGAGGCUACUUUGAAGCCAUCUGAAAACAGGACUGGGAAUGCAGCAUCCAGUCAUCCCUUGGUAUCCAUGGGAGAUUGGUUCCAGGACCCGCGGCAGAUAUCAAAAUUCACAGCUGCUCAAGUCCCACAGUUGACCAUCUUUAUCUGCAGAUUCUGCAUCGGAGGAUUCAACCAACUACCUACCAUGGAGUACUGUAGAAUUAAUUGGGGGAAAAAAUCCACAUACACGUGGAUCCAUGCAGUUCAAACCUGUGUUGUUCAAGGGUCAAUGCUAUUUUAAAAAGAGGAGCAAUAGUCUGUCUACCAGAGAGGGAACUUUGAAGCUAGAUAAGACAAUAGAUUUGAAUUUGUCAGAAAAAGAUAAAAAUACAAAACAUGAUGAACGAUAUCUAUCAGCCACUAGAAUCUCUUAAUGAUCAGACCCCAAUAAUAAUUUACCUAUUAAAGUGGGUAUUGUUUAAAGAAGAAAAAAUACUUAAAU